AUGAUAGAAGGAGUUGAAAGCAAAAAACAACUUUCCGCUGGAAAGCCUCUGGGCAAGGGAUUUAACUUUUUUAAGACCCGGCAUGUUUUAUACAUUGGACAGCUGCAUAAAAAUGGAAAACAUUUCGUUAAAAGUCAAGUCCUACCAUCUAUGAAAAGAGAUAAGAUAUAUGUUGUGGUUAAUUUAUCUCAGGUAAUUUUUAUUUUUCCUUUGUUUCAACUUCGUUAGCAUACAUUAUCACACCCAAAACCAAAAGAAAAACAAAAAUUACCUGAGAUAAAAAAUUAACUACAACAUAUACACUUGUUUUCAGGUCAUGACAUCCAUUGGUGGUGUUUUAAAAGUGCAUUGCAAGUGCCCUCCAGGAAUCGAUGGCCGCUGCAACUUUGUUGCAUCUGCAUUGUUUGACUUUGAACAACACUUUAAGUACAGACAAAAAUGUAGUGUUGAUGCAGACGAGUCCUGA